AUGUGUGGAUUCCCAUACACACCGCACACACUUGCACACGUGACCUUUGAUUCUGGUGGACAAUAUGUUUUAAAGCAGCAUAGUCUGCAGGUGAAGCCCACACACAGCUGAAUCUCAACAUUGGAUGGUUUCAGACUGCACCAGUGCAAAUAUGUAUCAGUAUGUUCGCAAGAGGAGCAACAGCACCAGGAAAAAGUCAGUCAAGUGAUCCUUUAUGGUUGGAGAAGAUGGGUCUCUCUCCUGAGGCUCAAUAUAUUUCAAACAUUAUAGAAAACUCCAUCAGUAGAGUUGAAAUUGCAGCAAGCCUGCCCAACAUCCUCCAGGUUCACAGCUUGACUGAUGUGGACGAGGACUUGAGGAGGGUACUUCAAGAGCAUCAAAUAUUAAAUGAAAAACUAGAGAAACUGGAAGGUCUCAAGCAAGAGUCAGAGAAGGAUCAAAGAGGAGAAGCUGAGGAAGCAAGCAGGAGAGGGAAAGUUCAGCUUGAGAAGGAUAUAAAAAGCUCGUCCAGAAAAGUGCUCAGAUUUUUCAGAGUCAAUCCAAAUGCAUUUUUUAGUUUAAGAGCAGAGCUGGAUGUGGAAGUUGGGGAGAGUGAGUCCAUUUUAAUCAGAGCGCUUAAGUCAUUUCAAAGCCACAUGAUGAAAAUGUUGAUCAGUCCAGAUGAGGAGCCUCAGCUGUCUUCAGCCGCUGUUCGAAAUCUGGAGUACUUGAUUCCACAGGAGGAAAAAGUCGCUACAACCCUAAAGAAAACAAAUGAAGAGUGUGCACAGUAUGAAAGGGAGAUAAAGGAUCUCCAGAAUUAUCUGAAGAAUAUAGAAGAAGAGGAUUUGCCACUCUUUCCAGAUAAACCAGACCAGAAAACUACAGAGACACAAAGCCCAAAGCUAACCAGUUUACAACAGGAAAUUGAUAAACUGAACAUACAGCUCAAAAGUUUGAUGCUUGAAAACAGACAGGUAGAGCGAAAUAUCCAGGAGAAAAAUGAAAUUCUGAGGAAGGAAAUUGAAAACUUAAUCCAGGUGUUUGAUGAUAAAAUGGAAGAAACCCAGACCAAGCUGGACCGGACUGAGAGUGAAUAUGCAAAUGAACAGGAGGUGUUGAAGGAGCUGGAGAAAACUUUUCCUGCCCUAGAGGUGAAAUACAACCAGAUCCUGGAGAAGCGGCGGCUGGCAGAAGAGAAGAUAAGGGAAGAGAUGAAGGAGCUGGAGCUAAAGACCAAAGCGGCUAUUAUUGCCCAGUCCUGGUGGAGAGGUUACCGUACUCGUAUGGCCCUAAAGAACAAGGGCAAAGGCAAAAAGUCCAAGAAAGGAAAAGGCAAAAAGGCUAGAUAAACUGCUAACUAGUUUCAUCACAUUGUGUUUUUUUGGAUGUUGUUUAAAACAUUGAUCUACUCAAGCUAUUCCAAGGAAAUAGGACUGGUUGGGCAAAUAACUUUUAUCUAAUGUCCACAUGGAGGCAGCAGAAGCCUCCCGUUCAGAAUUACCUACAUCCUGCUUAUUUUGUAGCCACUAGCACUAUUGACAGUUGUAGUUUUGUAAACUGAAAUACACCAAAUGAGUACAAGCCCACUUAAAAUGAUUAAACUGAUAUAAGAUUUAUGGCCACGCUCUGAUAAUUACAAUGAAAGGCUACAUGGGUAUAUUUAGCUAAAUUAUUGGGCCAUUAAAGUUUAUUUUGUUUUAUUUUGUUUUUUCCAGCAUUCAGUGCACCCCAUUGAUUGCACAAUUAGCUUUUAGUUCAAUUUGCAACAAAAAGUUAAGGACACUGUGUUAUAUGUGAACAAAAAUGUAAUGCAGUCAUUUUAAAAAGCAUUUUUAAUCUGUUUAUUUAAUUAAAAAUAU